UAAUUAUGUCUUCACAGGAUCCUCAAGAGUCUGCAGCAGACUGGUCUAGUGGUUGUGUAAGGAGAACUUCUUUGGAUUGUAACCAAGAUGGUUUUCUUAAAUUUACUGGUAUCAAGAUGCCGGAUUCUAGGAACUCAUGGUAUAAUGAGAGCAUGAACCUUGAAGAAUGCGAGAAAAUGUGCUUGGCUGAUUGCAAUUGUACAGCCUACUCAAAUCUUGAUGUUAGAAAUGGCGGAAGUGGAUGCUUACUAUGGUUUGGAGAACUCAUUGAUAUUAGAGAGUUCAGCCAAAAUGAGCAAGACCUGUAUGUGAGAGUAGCUGCUUCAGAAUUAGACAGGAAUCGGUGGAGAAAGAAGUCAGUCCUGGUUGCUGUCAUUUCAGCAGUGGUAGCAACAUUUAUCCUCAGUUUUAUAGCUUGGUUUUCCUUCCAAAGAAGGAAAAUCAGAACAGGUUCAGAAGUUGAAAAUGAGGACAUUGAGCUUCCACUGUUUGAUUUAGUUACUGUUUCAACUGCCACUGAGAACUUCUCUUCGGCUAAUGUGAUUGGGGAGGGUGGUUUUGGACCGGUUUACAAGGGUAUCCUACAAAAUGGACCAGAGAUAGCAGUAAAGAGGCUAUCGAAGUAUUCUGGACAAGGCGUUCAAGAGUUAAAAAAUGAAAUCGUUCUCAUUUCCAAGCUUCAGCAUAGGAACCUCGUCAAGCUUUUGGGUUGCUGCCUUGAAGGAGAUGAAAGGAUGCUAAUCUAUGAGUUUAUGCCCAACGCUAGCUUGGACUAUUUCAUUUUUGAUCCAAGCAGAAAAACUUCACUUGCAUGGAAGGACCGCUUUGAAAUUGCUAUGGGAAUAUCUCGAGGUCUUCUUUACCUUCACCAGGACUCGAGAUUAAAAAUUAUUCACAGAGAUCUCAAAACCAGCAAUAUUUUAUUAGAUAGUGACAUGAACGCCAAAAUUUCUGAUUUUGGCCUUGCCAAAAUUUUUGGUGGAGACCAAGUGGAAGGAAAAACAAAAAGAGUAAUAGGGACAUAUGGAUAUAUGUCGCCGGAAUACGCUGUUGAUGGGAAAUAUUCAGUAAAAUCAGAUGUAUUCAGUAUCGGCGUAAUCAUUCUUGAAAUAGUUAGUGGAAGAAAGAACAGGAAAUUUCAUCAUUUGGAGCAUCAUCACAAUCUUUUGGGACAUGCAUGGUUACUUUGGACUGAAGGCAAAGUGUUGGAAUUGAUUGACGAAUGUUUGAAAGAAUCAUUUUCAGAAUCUCAAGUGUUGAGAUGCAUCCAGGUCGGUUUGUUGUGCGUCCAAAAACUCCCGAAGGAUAGGCCAACAAUGGCAUCAGUAGUUUUCUGGUUGGGCAAUGAAGGUCUGGUUCUUCCUCAACCAAAGCAGCCUGGGUUUUUUAUAGAGAGGAAUUCAAUGGAAUCUUCAGAGUCGACUGAUGAAGCAUAUCUAAGUAAUAGCAUGUCGAUAACAGUUCUAGAGCCAAGAUAGGCACAAAAUCACAACUGGAACUUUUGAAAUGUAUCGACUUAGUCAAAAGUACUAGUGUAUAUAUGACUAUAUGAGGUCAAUUCAGGAAGAAAGCCGAGUAUUUUUGUUUGUCAUUGAAAUGCAUUCUUUCGAUACUAUCCUGAGUAGAAACCUUACAAAUAACUUGUGAAACAGGGCCUACUCUAGUCCCUUCCCUAUUUUUGCUCUCAAAUGCUGCUGUCUAAGGCAUCU